AUGUCUUCUCCUCUGAUGGCCCGAUGCGCCAGGCCCAUCACCUCCUACCCUGUUAUCACCACUAACCUCUGGAGCCACUCCAUCCGCCCAUUUUCAACAACCUCGACGCAGCAGAUCCGUCUCUUCUUCCCGGAAACCCAAACAAAGAAGAUUCGAGUGACGCCGCCAGCAUGGCCGCAUCCAAUCUACACCGAGGAGCAGAUGCAAAGGGUUGGCAUCUCCCAUCGAGAGACACGCACGUUCGGUGAUAGGGUGGCUCUUGCCAUGAUCCGGUUGCUCCGGUCUGGAUUCGACCUUGUCUCAGGCUACCGACAUGAGCAUGCGGUCUCUAUGCAUGAGAAGGACCCGGCAAAGGCAGAGCAGAAAUAUAGGAUGACAGAGGAGAAGUAUCUCAUCCGGAACAUUUUCCUUGAGAGCAUCGCCGGCGUCCCGGGUAUGGUUGGGGGGAUGUUGCGACAUCUCCGCAGUUUGCGGAGGAUGAAGCGAGAUAAUGGCUGGAUUGAAACGCUGCUGGAAGAAUCUUUUAAUGAACGCAUGCACCUCCUUACCUUCCUCCAAAUGGCCGAACCAGGUUUCUUCCUCCGCCUCCUUGUCCUUGGUGCCCAGGGCGUCUUUUUCAAUGCCUUCUUCAUCGCAUACCUAGUCAACCCACAUAUAUGCCACCGCUUCGUUGGCUACCUUGAGGAAGAAGCUGUGAUCACAUAUACACGUGAAAUUGCAGAUAUUGAGGCUGGUAAGCUACCUAAGUGGGAGCAUAUGCAGGCGCCUGAGAUUGCAGUUAAGUACUGGAACAUGCCAGAGGGGCACCGUAGUAUGCAUGACCUGCUACUAUAUAUCCGGGCAGAUGAGGCAAAGCACCGUGAGGUGAAUCAUACACUUGGAAAUUUAGACUGGAAGGAGGAUCCAAACCCAUAUGUGUCUGUAUAUCGGGAUGCAGAGAAGCCGCAUCCUGGCAAGGGUAUUGAGCAUUUGAAGCCAACGGGGUGGGAGAGGAAGGAUGUGGUGUAG